AUGGUUGCAACUCCUAUCACACUGUUGGUUGUUGUACCUGACUAUUCAAAAGAUUUGAAGCAUGUGGUUGGGCAGAAGUUCAAAUCACUAGAUUUUGGUUUCGCGUUCUACGAUGUGUAUGCCCGUGAUGAAGGCAGCAAGAAGUCGAGCGAGGAUGACCAAGCAAAUGCACGGUCUGGUUUUUCGAUAAAACGUCCACGGUUAUCCAAGCGGUGUGGUUGCAAAGCCAGUAUCUCAUUCAAGUUCUUCUCCGACGGAGGAGUUUCAGGUUAUACUGUCGAGGAGUUCAACGAGGUUCAUAACCAUUAUAUGGUUGGGACAGAGCAUCAGCAGCUUAUGUCAAUCAAUCGAAAGUUGGACGACGUACAUCACCAAUUUAUUCUUGAUUGUUCAAAGGCUAAUAUAGGCCCCACGCUCAUGUUUAAUGUGCUGAAGGAAAUUCUCGGUGGUUUUCAGCUCGUUGGCUGCAAUGUUGGGAAUAUAAUGAAUGUUUCACGAGACAUCAAAGCAUACGCUCAUGGUAUUGACGUACAAAUGAUUUUGGAUGAUAUGGCUAGGAAGAAGGAGAUGUCUGAGGCAUUCACAUAUGAGUACGAGGUUAAUGCUAGCAACCAGCUGGUUGCUCUGUUCUGGUGUGAUGGUUUGAUGAAGAGGAAUUACCACAUGUUCGGUGAUAUUGUGGCUUUUGACACCACCUACAACACCAAUAGGUAUUGCAUGAUCUUCGCGCCAUUCACGGAAAGGACAAUCAUGGACGACCAUUGGUUGAAGACGUUGUACAAGUAUAUGCAAUUAUGGAUACCUGCGUACUUCAGAGUUUUCCCACUGGGCUCGAUGAUUAGAACCACCUCGAUAUCUGAGUCGGAGAAUAGUUUCUAUAAAAACUUUCUGAAGCCACGCAACAACAUUGUCGAAUUCUACUUGAAUUUCAACCAAGCUGUGGAUUUUCAGCGGAAUAGUAGAACAAAGCUGGACUACCAAGACGCUACUGCUCUGCCUAUAUUGGCCACUACUUUGCCUUUCGAGAAACAUGCUUCUACUCUGUACACAGAUAGUAUGUUCAAGAAAAUACAAGAGGAGAUUGUUGAGGGAAAUUACAGAUGCCGCGUUUUGGGGUUCUCAUCUACAGACAGUGUUGACACCUACAAACUUGGAGACAGCCUUCGCAAUUCCUACUUUGUGAGACAUGAUAGGAGUGAUGAGUCAUAUUCUUGUGAUUGCAAACUAUUCAUUAAAAAGAUUCCGGAUAACUACUGUGCAAGUAGAUGGAUGAAGACUCCGCUAGCUAAGGCUGUCCAUGGACAUUUUGAUGAAACUUUACCUACACAGUCCAUUGUUGAUGAAAAGCAAAAUGUUUCAAAGCAAGGGAUCUCACUGUUCUAUGGUUUUCUUCAUCGAUUUGAGACGGACAUUGAUGUGCUUCGUGCAUUCGUAGGUGGACUGGAGGAACUUGGUAAUUCACUUCAAGCUGGAACUCCUACAACAUCCGCCUCUGAGAAGAGGCGAAUAAUUGAACAGUUUUAA